GGUCAAUCGCAGCCCAGCGCAACUUUUUCCUCAAUUUUAUUUUCUAUGAUGAUUCCCAAAUAAAUUAUUAAUACCGCAGCCAGAAUUAAUCCAUAAUGGGGACCACAAAACCCCGCCCCCCAGCCAAAUCCUCAAUCACCGAAGCGCGGUCCCUCCCGGAGAAGACCUUCAUCAUCGAUAAUGGCGCAUACACUAUGAAAGCAGGCUACGCGCCUGAAUCCCCUCUCUCAGACGAUCCACUAUCAACAUGUAACACAAUACCGAAUACAAUCGCAAAAACGCGUGGAAACCGCAUCUACAUCGGCUCGCAGCUCAACGCGCAGCCCACGGACCUGAAUGAGAUGAUGUUCCGGCGGCCGGUGGAGAAGGGAUAUAUUGUAAACUGGGAAGCGCAGAAGGAAAUAUGGGAACAUUCUUUUCUUGACGAGAAGACGGUGCGGAGUAAGGAGUUCAGGAUUGCGAGUCCGGAGGAGACGACAUUGGUGCUUACGGAGGCGCCGAAUGCUCUGCCUGUGUUGCAGAAGAAUGCGGAUGAGAUGGUUAUGGAGGAGUGGGGGUUUGGAGGCUAUUUGCGAUGCGUGGGUCCGUCGCUGAACGCUUGGAACGAAGUGCAAUCGCUGUUCGGAGAUCCGAUUUCGCAAAAUCUCGAUGCUGUUGUUUCUCCGGCUGAAUGCCUACUUGUUGUCGAUUCCGGAUACUCUCAUACCACCGUCACCCCGGUCUAUAAGGGACAGCCUUUACAGCGCGCGAUCCGCCGACUCGAUUUGGGAGGAAAACACUUGACGAAUUUCCUCAAGGAGAUGGUAUCGAUGCGACAGUACAACAUGGUCGAUGAAACGUAUAUUAUGAACGAAGUCAAGGAGGCUGUCUGCUUCGUAAGCGACGACAUCUCCAAAGACAUGGAACGGACGUGGAAAGGGAACCGGAAGCGUGACCAAUCUGAUCCUGGUGAAGGGGUUGUGGUCGACUAUGUACUUCCGGACCCCAACGCCGGAAAAAGGGGCUUCAUGCGACCGCACGAUCCGCUUUUGGGUGUUAAGAAGAGGAAAAGUGUUCUUUCUGGGGAGACUGGCGCCGAAGCGUUGUCCGAGGAUGUGUUAGUUCUGGGUAAUGAACGCUUUACCGUUCCUGAGAUUCUGUUUACGCCACAUGAUAUCGGCAUGAAACAAGCCGGUAUAUCGGAUAUUAUACUUCAGAGUUUGUCUGUGCUGCCGCCAGGGUUACAUCCGGUGUUUCUGGCCAACGUUCUUGUUGUUGGAGGGAAUGCCUUGAUUCCUGGGUUUAUGAAGAGAUUACAAACGGAGCUACGCGAGAUUGCCACAUCUGAAUGCACCGUCCGAGUCCGUUGCCCUGAACAUCCUAUUCGCUCCACUUGGCUGGGCGCAUCCCGACUUGCCACGAACAGAGACGAACUAAAGAAAGUGGGAAUAACUCGCCAAGAGUAUCAAGAGUAUGGUUCUUCGUGGGCUGGUCGGAAGUUUGCUGGUGCUCUGUGAGGUUUUUUUUUUUUUCUUUUCUUAGCAUGGUGGUAUGGAGUUUACGGAUUGGCAUGUUUAAUUCUAAAUUUCCGUAUAUAUCUCGCAAUGGCCAUGAUACCCUUGACGU